UUCAAGGCAUUACUGCUCGGUCGUUUCCGGUCCGCGUAUUUACAUUGCGCUAGCUUGCAGAUUUGGCAAUAUUGUUUGAUGUCAUUAUGAAAAGGAAAGUGUUAAAAACUUGUCGUUUUCAAAAACAAGAAAAAAAGUAUUCAGAGCACUGCUGUGUUCCUCUCUGCACAGCAUCGUCAAAAUUUAACGGCGUGUUAAGUUUUCAUGGCUUUCCGACACAGACCCAUCAGAGAAAACAGUGGCUAGUUCGCAUUCGCCGGGAUCAUUUCGACAUCACCUCUCACUCAAAGGUCUGUAGCAGACACUUUACCAACGAUCAGCUCAUCGAACCAGCAACACUUGACGGUGGAAGACGGCUCGUUAAAGGUGCUGUACCGGCACUUUUUGAGUGGAAUGGCUAUUGUGUUGAACCAGCACGGCGCAGUGUGUGGGAGAGAGUGGAGCGGCCUGAGGCAGCUCCUCCCCAGAAGGAUGAAGAGCACCUCCAUGUCAGAGAUGACCAUGACUAUUGCUCCGUCCCUGAACCAGCUGCAAUGGACAUGUCCGCAUCAGCUGCUGAAGAUGUGUCCACAGAAGAGCUGAGAAAGGAGAUACAGGAGCUACGUCUUCAGCGAGAGUUUGGAUUACAGCGGUUUGCUGGCUCGGACGCAGACAUCCGAUUCUAUAGGAGAUUUUCAAGCUAUGAGCACCUGAUGUCGUUUUGGUCUCUGAUUCAGCCUUGCCUUCAUAAAAUGGUCUGGGUCACAAGAGCCAAAUCAGCUGCCAAAAGAAAUGAAGAAGUCAUCACUCCUGCACGUUCAUCAACGCGACAGCUGCUCCAGCCCAUUGAUGAGUUCUUUCAUUGAUGAGUUCUUUCUGGCAAAUCGUUUCAACGUACACCAGUCCACAGCGAGCCGCAUCAUUGCAACAUGGACAAGUUUUCUAGCCACUGCAAUGGGGUCUGUUUGCAUUUGGCUUACACCUGCAGAAGUGCAAGCCAACCUCCCUGAGGAAUUUCAAGAUUUUCCAGACACCCAGGUGAUCCUAGAUUGCACAGAGAUCCUCACCCCUCCUUCAAAGUGAGAUGUACUCCACAUACAAAUCUCACUGCACCAUGAAAGGUCUGGUUGGCAUAGCCCCACAUGGUGCAGUGACAUUCAUCUCAGAGUUGUAUGGUGGUUCAGUUAGUGAUAAGGAGAUAUUUAGACAGUCGGGAAUAGCCGAGUUGCUGACAGAAGUCUCAUUGUCAUUAGUAGCAAUCUCACAGCUGAACUUGAUUCAUAUCAAUAAUCUAAAGUCAUCAAUUCAAUAGCUGUGACCCAGGGCCUUCCAUAUCUGGUGCAAGCAGCUCAUGACAAACAUUACAUUUUUAUAUCUAUAGUUGAGAUCACAACUAAAACCUGUAAAUUUUCAGUGUCGGCCAACACAAUCUUACCACAUAUCUAAUACGUUGUAAAACAUUUUUAUCAACAUCAAUGUGUUACAGUUCAAAUACAGUUUAACUUUACAAAAGUAUUGCCUGUAACGAAUGAAUUUGUUUGAUGUAAAUGAAGUUAAACCUAACAUUGUUGAAAUCAUUCACAUUUACCAGUACAUGUUGAAUCAAAAGACAAAGGCAGUAACGGUUG